AUGUACGCAACCCCAGCUACUUUACCCGCAGCCAGGUCCGGGGCCGCCCAUGGUGGCGCGCUAGCAACAACGGAAAGCGCAGACGCGACGCGCAGUGCAGACGCGACGCGCAGUGCAGACGCGACGCGCAGUGCAAACGCGACACACAGUGCAGAGACGACAGGAUGCGCAGAAACGGCAGAGUCGGCGAACGCAGCGGCUUACGCACACGCGGCGGCGUACGAAGAUGCGGCGGCGUACGCAGACGCGGCGGCACGUCCCGUGGAUCUUGCCUCUCGCGCACGGAUACUCUCACUCAUCGAGCCGCAUGAGUUGUGGGCGAGCGCAUAUGUGCCCACUGAGGGAGAUCUGCUGCUCGGAACAUAUUGUGUACAACGCCAGAUCGGCCGCGGUUCCUUCGGCACUGUGGUACGAGCGCGACACGUUGUAACUAACACGGCCGUCGCCGUCAAAGUUCUACACAAACUCGACUGGCUCCACCUCGGGGUACGUCACGAGGAGCGAGUCUACAAACUUUUGCUACGCGGGUGUAGUCCUAACAUAUCGCUCUUUGCGAAGGUUCUGGGAAGCGGCGUCGACCAGGGGUUCAGCUGCACGGUGUUCGAGCUAUGCGACCUCACCAUCUGCGACAUCAUCAAAGGAGGAGCAGGUCUCGUGCCGCUCCCUCCUGCCCAUCUAUGCGAAAUAGCUAACCAAAUCAUGCGCGGUGUAGCGUACCUACACUCCUUGGGUCUGAUACACACCGACAUCAAGCCGGACAACAUCGCGCUUCGGCGGGCUGAUACCGUUGCCCUACGCCAAAUGGAUGGGGCCGGUGUCUUCCACCCCAAGAGAAUUCUAGCGUCCACCGCUAUCUGCAUCAUCGAUUUGGGUGGGGUUGUCACGUUCAAACAAGCUUCACGGAUGAAAGGACUCAACUGUGCGCCCAUGUACCGACCUCCCGAAUUAAUCCUCGGGCUACCAUGGUCUUACGGCGUGGAUACAUACGCCGUAGGAUGUGUCAUUGCGGAGCUUUAUCUGUUAGGGAAUCUCUUCCACGCAGAGGUCGCAAGCGAUCGCGAACACCUCGCUAUCAUUGAGCGGGUACUCGACCGUUUCCCACUGGGCUUCGCCGUCGCCGUCGAGCAACAGGUGCCCGGCACAUUUCACACCGCUCUCGCCGCCUCCGUUAUCUUCCCCCCUGCAGGCGCUGCAUACAACGCUGCUAAGUAUACGUUCGCCAUGCAGCGCGUCCUCGAGGCGGAACAUAUCACAGCUCGGGUUCACGACGUGGAGCUAGUGGAUCUCCUCCUUAACUUACUCAUGGUUGAUCCGGCGGGGCGCAUUCCCCUGCAUGUGGCACUUAGGCAUGUUUACUUCGACAAGCUCCGCCGUCCCCGUGCCAUGUAG